AUGGAUGGGAAUACGAGCUCGCUGCCGGCACGUGCGGAGAAACGCUUGCCCUUCUCUUACAUUUUGCUCGAUCUUCUGCACGGAAGAGCCCUCUGUCUUACUGUCGAUGCGCCAUCCCAACCCAUCUACUCUUUUGACAGCCUAGACUACUCCAUUGCAACACACGAGGAGCUAUACGUGUGGUCUGAGCACAUCUCUCUUGCUCAGGUUCCAGCAGAUAUCCUCACAGCUGUGCUCGACAGGCUGUUCUUUAUCGGAACCGAAUUUCCCCAUCUGACCUGUGGCAGUAUACAUGCUCUACAUACCCUUAGAUCCUCUUGCAAGGAAAUCUGCGAUGUAGGCCAUGCUUGGAUUGGACGCGAGGAGAUCCAAAACUUCUUCGGAACCAUUCAAAAGGAUAUUCUCAUCCGUGGCCCCAUGCAACUCUCACAAAGCAAUGUGUACUCUGUCCGCGUGCCGAGAGGAAAUACUCUGGCUUAUGAUGCCGCAGCAAAUUGCGUGGAUUGUUUGAAAUUUCUCACCGAGAACCACCUUGUCGGUAUUCAAUUCUACGACGAGACUGGGAGAAACUAUCUCCACGCCGCGAUUGACAAUGACAACAACGACUGUCUGCAAUAUAUACUCAAUAACCUAGCCCCAGGAGACAUUGACCGAACCACAGCCAUUAACCUCAGUCGACUCUGUGGACAUCCUCUCGUUCAGCUGGCUGAAAAGCGUAACCAGCGCGGCUUCGAACUCGUCCUGCAACAGCUCCUCGGGCACUAUAACCCAGCUGAUCUGUUCACUGACAACUACUUCAAGCUCAAAUUGUGCGCCUUUGUCUCUCCGGAGUUUGCUGAACAGCUCUUUGUGAUGGAUCUGAAUAUCGGCAACGCCAGGGACGAGCACGGGACGACUUCAUGGCACGCCGCAGCACGAGGGAACCCUCACGGAGAAGAUUUCAUGAUCUGGCUCUCAAGCCGGUCGGGCACGGAGCCAACCAUCAAAGAUAACAAGGGCCACAAUGCACUGAUGCACGCUGCUAUGGGGAAUCGAAGCACGUCCAUACAAUGGCUAUGCAGCCAUGUCGACCCGAUGGAGAACUGGGUUAACCCAGCCACACAAGAUGUUGGAAGUGGCCCGGCAUAUGCACUGAGACUUGCAGCAGAGUCAAUGGAGGAGAACAGCCCAGACAUCUUCCGCGGUAUAAUGCUCCGUAUCCCGAGAAACCACUUUGAGAACCUCCACAACGCAAUCUCCAUUUUUAAAUUGAUCUGCGACACUCUUUUUACAACCAGACAGAAUAUGGCUAUCCAACAUGCCCAUCCUACUCUGGAGCACAGGAUGGAAUGGGAGAAUUCAUGGCGGGUGGCAGCUGCAAAGUGUCAGAACCUCGGCAGUUUUCUUCAAAAGAGGCGUGGUGGUUGGCAGGGCACGACUGCGAUGAGGGCAAUUUGUGAUUACGCGCGUGGUCGGGAUCUUCCCAUGCUGGUUCAUGGUAUAGCCCCCUUGCCACCGGAGGGAAAGUUUUGGUUCCGGAUUUUCAAGGACCGAGAGGCUGGGGGAGGGGGAAGAUGGCCCUGGUCCACGAGUACCUAG